AACGUUGGUUUGCGUCUGUUACUAAAGAUGAAAUAUUACAAAAGUACAAGUCAGAGCAAAACGCGGAGAAUUGUGAUUUAUCUACGUAUUAGGUCUAGCAGUAAAUGGAAACACAAACACCAUUGCUCCACGACUUCUCCGGCGACCACCAGCAGCAGCUCAUUGGACUCGACGGUGAUUACCGGCCCGUUAAAAGCCUGAAACAAUGGUGGGCUAUCUUCUGGAUCGAGACCGUCAAGCUAUGGGAGAUUGGUGGCCCAAUAGCUUUCAAUAUCCUUUGCGAGUUUGGGAUCUAUUCCAUUACUGUUGCUUUCUGUGGUCAUCUUGGUGCUAUUGAACUCCCUGCUGUUUCUGUUGCUCAAAAUGUCAUUGGUACUUUCUCUUUCGGUUUCAUGUUGGGCAUGGGAAGUGCUUUGGAGACACUGUGUGGACAGGCGUUUGGUGCUGGGCAAAUACACAUGCUUGGCGUGUACACGCAGCGCUCGAUGAUUAUUCUACUAUUUAGUACAUUCAUUCUGUUGCCAAUUUAUAUUUUUGCGACACCAGUACUUAAGCUUCUAGGCCAAGAACAUGAUAUUGCUGUACUUGCUGGGAAAUUUGCCAUGUUAACAAUCCCUGAGUUGUAUUCCCUGGCGAUCACUGUUCCCACCUCAAAAUUUCUGCAAGCCCAGAGUAAAGUUUGUGUUGUGGCUUCUAUUGGAUUUGUGGCUCUUUUACUCCAUGCUGUUCUGCUAUGGUUAUUCAUAUAUGUAUUUCACUGGGGUACAAAUGGGGCUGCUUUAGCCUUUAAUGUUACAGGUUGGGCCAACGCAAUGGCUCAAUUUGUUUACGUAGUUGUUUGGUGCAAGGAUGGGUGGACGGGAUGGUCCUCGUCGGCAUUCAAUGAGAUUUGGGCCUUUGUUAGACUCUCGGUUUCAUCGGCAGUUAUGCUAUGCCUUGAAAUAUGGUACAUGAUGAGUAUCAUUAUCCUCACAGGACAUCUCAAGAAUGCAGUUACUUCUGUUGGAUCCCUCUCUAUUUGCAUGAAUGUUGAUGGAUGGGAAGCAAUGUUGUUCAUUGGAAUCAAUGCUGCCAUAAGUGUUCGUGUCUCAAAUGAGCUUGGGCUAGGGCGUCCCAGGGCUACCAAAUAUAGCGUAAUUAUCACAGUGUUUCAAUCACUCCUCAUUGGGAUAGUCUGCAUGAUUUUAGUAUUGGCAGUAAGAAAUCAUCUGGCCAUUCUUUUUACCAACAGCAAGGAUUUGCAGCGAGCUGUUGCUGAUCUUGCUUGGCUCCUUGGAAUAACAAUGCUUCUUAACAGUGUUCAGCCUGUAAUAUCAGGUGUUGCUAUUGGAGGUGGAUGGCAAGGUCUAGUGGCUUAUAUCAAUUUGGGAUCUUACUAUGUCUUUGGUAUUCCUCUAGGAUACAUUCUUGGUUAUGUCGCUAACUUCGGAGUUGUGGGUCUAUGGGGAGGAAUGAUAGCUGGACUUGCUUUGCAGACACUGCUACUCUCAUUUGUACUCUACAGAAUCGAUUGGAAUAAAGAGGUUGAGCUAUCGGCAGAGCGCAUGCGCAAGUGGGGAGGUCAAGUCUUUGAUGCUGAAAAACUUCUUAUUACCGAGCCUAUGAAGGGCUUACCUUAAGAGUAAGAUUUUGUGGUGACAUCAGAGGAUGAAGAGUCUUCAGUUUUUGUUGUUGGAACCAGUUAAUGAUUUUGGAUAGAAUCCACAUCUAGUGAGUGAAUGAAGUGGAGUCUAAAUCCAUGUCAGAUGCCAAGGUGGACGACAACGAGGCCAUAACGGGAAAUUAGGAGGUGCACACGGUUAAAAUACCCUUAGAAAAGGCUAACAAAUUUUGUAUGAGACCCGAGUUAAAAUAUACUCUUCGCAUUGUAAACUGGGGAUUGCAAUGAGCUGUUAGUUUUAAUAGGAACGUAGCUGCAAUUUAGAAGUUUAGGAUAGAUGUUCGUUAUGAUCUUUCUCCCUUAUCUGUAACCCUGUAGUUUCAGCUUAUCAAUUAAUAACAAAGUCCCCUUAAUUUAGCCCCAAAUUUUCUGGUC